GUUGAAUCUAGUUUCUUUUUUUCCUUUUUUUUUUUGGUGGUUCUGGAUGUGAUUUUGGGACCUUGAAUUUGAUGCUUAUUGGGUGUUUUAGUUAUGUUUUUGGAGAUUGAAUUUUGAUGCUUAUUGGGUGGUUUAGUUAUGAUAUGGGAGCUUGAAUAUGGUGUUUAUUAAAUGUUUGAGCUUGAAUAUGACGUGAUAUUCAGGAGCUUUAUUUUUGUGCUUGUUCGGUGUUUUAAUUAUGUUUUUGGAGAUUGAAUUUGAUGCAUAUUGGGUGGUUUAGUUAUGAUAUGGGAGUUUGAAUAUGAUGUUUAUUAAACGUUUGAAGGACCCCAGUUUUUCUAUUUUUGUUUGGGUUAACUUGAUCAUGAUUUGGGAGAUUGAAUUUUGAAAUCAGUUUUCCAAAAAAAAAUUUGGUUGUUUUUGUUAUGAUUUGGGCAAUUGAAAUUGAUCCUUACUGGGAGUUUUGGUUGUGUUUUGGAAGCUUGAGUUUGAUGUUUAUUGAAUGUUUGAUGGAACCCAGUUUUUCAAAAUUUAUAGGGGGGGCUUUGGUUAUGAUUUUGGAGCUUGCAUUUGAUGAUUGUUAAAUAUUUGAGCGAAUCCAGUUUUUCAUUUAUUUAUUUAUUUAUUUUGUGUGGUGGUUUUGGUUAUGAUUUGGGAGAUUGAAAUUGAUGUUAGUUGAGUGUUUGGUGUGUAUUCCAUGUGAUUGUGAAUGUUCAUGAAUUUGUUUUGUUUUAAUGUGUUUGAGCUCUUAGUUGUGUUGAACAGUUUUUACUGUUUUUGAAGUGUUUUCACCUUGCUUGCUUGAAUAUGAUGUACAUUGAACGUGUUUGAGGUUCGGUAGCUUUAGACUGAUAUAUUGUGCACAUCUCUUUUUUAUUUUUAAGAGUCAAUUCCAUUUCUUUCUUUCACUCACUCACACUCUUUCUCUCGGUCUCUCUCUCUAUGAGUUUUACGUGUUUCUCUUUCGCUCUCUCUCUACCAGUUUUUACUGUUUUUUAUCUAUAUCCUUCACAAUGCUUGUCUGGAUAGAAUAGGACUGAGCUUUGUCAUUAGCUUUUUUUUUUUAAAAAUCUUUUUGUUAUUUUUUGUUUUGUUUUAAAUUCAUUUCUAUCCCUCACUCUUUCUUACUGUUUCUCUACCAAUUUUGUUGUUUUUUCUAGUGUUUCUUCAUAGUUGGGUGCUUGAAUACAUGUGCAUUAAAUGCAUUUGUGGCUGGGUGGAAUUGGACUGAGAGCUAGUGAAUGCUAAUUCUUUUAGACUCUCUCUCACCCUCUCUCUAGCAGUUUUACUGUUUCUUCAGUAUUCUCCUUCAUACUUGGGAGCUUGAAUUUAUGUGCGUUAAAUGUGGUUAUGCCAGGGCAGCAUUGCACUGCGAGAGUGGGAAUGCCAUUCUCCUUUGUAGGUCUUCUCGAAUACUAUUUGUGUGUGCAUGUACUUGUUUACUACGAUGUUAGUGGAUUCUCUGUACUAUUUUUUUGUGUUUGUACUUGGUUGAUCUGUGGUUCGAAGGAUUGUGAGUGUUACAGCCCUUCUCAGUAUUCGAGUACGUUUAUUCUUCUUUCCUGUCUCACCAUUGUGGGGUUUACUUUUCUUAUUAAUUGGGAGCAUGAUGGGUAACUGAAUGGAUUGAAUGAGGUAUUUGGUUGAGUAGGCGAAGAAGGUAGGUACAAACUGGGCCCAAGAGUGAGUGAAUGCAUAAUGAACUGGUUCGCAAUCGCAUCUAUGUAGAACAAUGAUCGAUAUUCCUUCUCUAUUCCUCUUAGUGCUGGUUUGCACUUAUGUACUGUUCAUUUUCGUGUUCUCUGGUUCAGUUAUUCUUUGAUUCAGCCUAAAGUGCAGCAUGAUUUUCGUAUUCAUUGUGUGCCAAGUGAUCAAGGAAGCAAGACGAGGGAAUGAUUAAGCUUAAUUUAGUUCACCAAGUAGUGAAAAUGACAUUCAAACAAUCCAAGUGGGGAAGGAGGUGAAUCUGAGGCCUCUGUUUAUAUUUGAAAGCAUUCUGCUCAAUAAAGUCCAACUUUGGCUUAUCUAAGCAAAAUGAGUAGCUAUGCCUGUCUCAUUACUGUGUAAAACAAUUUGGCUAUAUGCUCCAGUCUGCGUUAGUUAUCACUUUGUGUCUUAUUUAUCAAAACAAGAAACAAGUUCAUCAGUGUUAUGGAUUGGAUAAGUGAAUGUGCUACUGCUCAUGUCAAAGUAGUUGGGGACCUUUUUCUGCUGACAAACCAAUAAGACAAAAGAAUACCACUGUAAUAGGUGCAAGAUGAAAUGAUCUUUUGGCACCUAGAAAGGAAGAGCGGGCCUUCAGGAAGUGAAAGGUAAGCACCCAUCAGUUCCUACUUCUCCUACUAAUACAUGGUAUAAGGUGCUAUUGUCUUGGAAUGGUAUGCUAGCUAAGAUUCAAUUAGACAAUUUGUAAUUCCUUGUUUCAUGCUUUGGUAGAUCAAGCUAGCUCUCUUGGAUUUUAUUCCACCCACAUGGGAGUGAAGAGUAGUCUUCAGAAGAAGACUGGAAAAGGAGCUUAUCCUAUGGAAUAGAGUCAUGUUUUACUUGAAGUUAUAUUUUGCAUUAUGCUACGCAAGGUAUGAAGGGACUGUUUGGGACGACUAUGCUCAUGGAAAAGGGGUUUACGUCGCUGAGCAAGGGCUUGUCAAGUAUGAGGGUGAAUGGUCUCAGAAUACAAUGGAGGGCCAUGGGGUUGUUGAAGUAGACAUUCCUGAUGUAGAGCCUAUUCCAGGUUCCGAACUCGAAGCUAAGAUGCGUGCAGAAGGGAAACUUCUGGCUCUUGAUUUCAUGUCCCCAGAAGAUCGUAAAUGGAUGGUAAUGGAUAUUGAAGACACUGUUGCAAAAGCUGAUGGUUGGCGUGAGAUUCCAUUCUAUGAAAAUGAUGAAUGGAUCCGGCAAUUUGGAAAAAAGCCGGAAAAAGGUAGAUACAGGUAUGCUGGGCAAUGGAAGCAUGGUAAAAUGCAUGGCUGUGGUGUAUAUGAAGUUAAUGAGCAGCCUAUCUUUGGCAGAUUUUACUUUGGGGAGCUUUUGGAAGAUUCUACGGGGUGCCCUGAGGAGAUAGCAACUCUCCAUGCAGGCAUAGCCGAGGUGGCUGCUGCAAAGGCUAGAAUGUUCGUCAACAAGCCUGAUGGAAUGGUGAGGGAGGCAAGGGGACCAUAUGGUGACCCUCAACAUCCUUACUUGUAUGAGGAAGAAGAUGUGUGGAUGGCUCCGGGGUUCAUUAAUCAGUUUUAUGAGGUUCCUGAUUAUUGGAAAGGCUAUGUGGAAGAUGUGGAUGAAGAAAGGCAAAUGUGGUUAAAUUCCUUCAUCAAAGCACCACUGCGGCUUCCAAUGCCUGCUGAGCUUGAACAUUGGUGGUCAAAAGAUGAGGACCCAGAAUUUGUACUUAUCAACAAGGAGCCUGUGCCAGACCCUGACAACCCAUCAAAGCUAAUUUAUACAGAAGACCCUCUCAUUCUUCACACACCCACCGGUCGAAUAAUCAAUUACAUUGAUGAUGAAGAACAUGGGGUGCGCUUAUUUUGGCAACCACAACUUGAAAAUGGUGAGGUAGACCCUGAGAAGGCUGAGUUCCUACCACUUGGCUUUGAUGAAUUCUAUGGAAGAACUGAUCUCGCUGAGAAGAAAGAGAAACUCAUAAUCCGCAUAUUAAAUGCCAUUGAGAAAUUUUGCCUCCCCUUGUUUGAGAAGUGGGACAAAUGGUUGGAAGAAAAGAAGAAAGCCAGCGACGAGAACCUCAAGCUCAUAGAAGCAGAGCUUGAGUUCAUUGAAGCUGAACUUAGCCUGAAAGAGACUUUGGAAGACAUGGAAAUGGAGCUUAAGAUGAAGCAAAAGGAGGAGGAGAAGAAAGAGAAAGAGGAAGAGAAAAAGAGGAGAAGUAUGGGUAGGAAGAGAGAGCAAGAGGGUGCUUCUGAUUUAGCUGAGCAAGAGGCUAACAACGAAGAAGAUGAUGAGGCUGAAGACCUUCCAAGGAGUUUUGGGCCAGCCCAGCCAGAGCAGGGAAAUUCUAAAACUGAUAAAGAUGACAAUCAACCUGGAAAUUCCCCUUUCGCUACUACUACGAUGUCCUUUACUCCAUCGAAUGUGGCUACAUUGGUUCUGCCAAAGUUGCAGGUGUCCUUGCUUUUAUGGAAGAGACAAAGGGGGCCUGAAACUACAAAGCUUCCUAAUUCAUGCAAUGGAAGCUGCAUAGAUCAAGCACAUAUGAUUCACUCAGUGAAUUUUCCCUAUUCCUUGGACAAAUAUGCAGGCCUUAAAGUGGGUCAAAAGAAUAGAGAAUUUUGCCAUAGACAGAGUAGGUCUUCUCCGUUACAUUCUUUAGCCCGAGUUUUAUCGGGCAGUGCUUCGAGGCCACGGAAUAAGCAGGUUAGGGAAAGAUCAAAAAGUUUGAAGGCUGUUGAUGUUUUGUGCCUGCAAAUACCUCUGCAAUGCUUGGACUAGUGAUGCUACUUGACAAUGUUCCUCUCUCUCUUUCUCUCUCUCUCUACUCUUGUGACCAAGAGAAUAUAUUGUGAUGUGCUUGAGUCAUCAGCAAGAGUGUUGGUGCACAUGCUCAAUCUCGGUGCUCUGUUUGCUACCCUGUUGUUUGCAGUCUGGUGGUUCUUGCCUGUGUUUGGAAAAGAAAA